AUGACCUUUUCGUUCCCUCAGAGUAGAGAAGACUUUAUGUCAUUGGUGCAACAAGUGGCCAAAGAGGACGUGAAGAGGUGUUUGGCUGGUAUUCCGGUCACGCAUCCUCAUUUGGCCAAGCUGAUGAUGGCUCCUCAUGACUCGAAUUGUUUUGGUCGAACCAGUGCCAAAGAGGAAGAGGAGCAAUUCUUUAAUGCAUUUCGGAACCAACAACAACACAACAACAACAACUCGACAACUCACAUUCAACAAGAGUCAUCAUCAUCGGUUGAAGUUCCAUUAAUCUCAUCGACUAAAUCUAAUAACAAUAAUGUUCAACACUCCGAGCCCCAAUUACCGGACAGAAAUCAACCAAAGCCAUCAAACACCACCAAUGACACCUCUCAAAUUUCCAACAAACAAAGAACACCUGAAAAACCUUCUCCUAAAACAAAUGCAAGAAAAAAAUUGUCGGAAAAAACAAAUAUCAUAAAUCAACAACAAAACUCCAAAAAGAAUGAGCAACCAGCUUCACCUUCUCCAAAGAAAACAUCACCGAAACACACAAGUCCCAACAAUGCUGACAGAAAUGUAUACGAAAGACUAUUGAAACCAACAGUUUCAACACAAAAAAAGUUUGAAAAAGAAACAAAACCUCAAAAGAAGGAAGAAAAGGAAUUUAGAGAAUUGAGAAAGGAGCAAAAAAAGGCGACAUCUUUGUUGUUAAGAAAAACACCUUCAACAAAGAAACAGUCACCAAAAACCUCUCCAAAGAAUAAUAAGAAUGUUUCAUUCUCAGUGGCUCUCGGACAGGUUCAAUAUAAGGACUACUGUGAAGAGGAUAAGGAAAAUAUUAACGAUAUGAAUGAGACUUAUCAAGAAGACAUCGAAAAGAACCUCAAUAACUUAGAUCAUGUAAACUCUUCUCCUCCUUCAACACCUUCCCCUCCCAAUCAGACACAACAGCAAAUAGUGGUUCGAACAUCCCCUCAAACUCCCUCACCGAAGGCCUCUGAAGCCGAAAAUCCCCCAACUGUUGCUCAAACAAACAAUGGUGUUGGUGAUAAAUUAUCUCCAAAGAAUGAUAGAUCACAACCCAAUCCUACCAUUGAAAUUUUGAACCCUGAGGUUGAAGUCUGUCACACUCUUCAAAAAGAUUCUUCACUCAUACCAUCCAAUACAUCCACAAGUUCAACAUCUUCGAACAAAGCAGCACCUCAGAAAAGUACUAUCAAUUAUGAACAGUUAGAGGACAUGGUUAUGAACGAUUUGUUACUGGAACUUGCAAAAGAGCAACACAAAAGAAAAGAAAUCAAACAUCAACAAUUUAAAACUCUACAAGCAAAGAAUAAGCAAAAUCAACAAUUUGAUGAAAUGUUGAAUCUUUUGAGGGAAAUGGAGCAAAAAGAAAAUUUGAUCCGAAAAAGAUAUCAGAACCAAAAUAACUUGGAACUAAGUGACGACACCUCUUAUUUAUCCAGCAGUCUUGAUUCAUCUUCGUCAUUGUCAACAACGGACGUUACGUUACGCAAACAAGUUGUGUUGGACGAGCACACCAAAUCAAAGAUAAGAAAGGCACGACAGAAACAAAAACGAUAUUUUGAGACUCUUUGCAGACCUCAUGAAGUUUCUGUUGAAACUCUAAUGCAAGUAAUUGGGGAGGAUAUCAUCAACGAAGUGUUUAGUGAAGUGUGUCAUGAGUUUUCUGACGCAAUGUCAGACAUUGUGAAAACAGUUUCUGCAAACGAGUUCGGUUGUGUAAACACCAGUACGUUUACAUCAUCAUCGUCAGGACUAGCUUCUUUAGGUCAAAACGAAAGUGGUUUAUCAUUCACCUAA